AUGGAAAACAAUACCAAGAAACAAUUUGAUGGCAAGAAGAAGUUCAAGAAAGCGAAGGUCGAGAAAAACAAGAGCAGUGGACACGAUGAAGUCCUCCUGUGCGAUAUCAGCAAGCUCUUGAAGAGCAAUCAGCCUGCGCAAGAUGAAACCAACGACAGUGCGCCUACUGUCGUCCCAGAGAAGUUCACCGAGAUCGAUGUCAGGAUUCUGGAGCUUUCAUCUACUGGCGAUGGUCUAGCGCUCUCUGAAGACAAGAAAUAUGUCUAUGUCGUUCCAUUCACAGUCCCCGGAGACCUUGCGCGAGUCAAACUCGUCAAGCACUUCGAGCCAUUGUCGUACAGCUUAACCGAUUUUGUCAAAGUGAUCGAACCUGGCCCUCAAAGAAACGACUCAUUGAUCAAUUGCAAGUACUUUGGAGAGUGCUCGGGGUGUCAACUUCAAAUGAUGUCAUAUGACGACCAGCUUGCACACAAGCGUCGCAUCGUGGAGAAGGCCUAUGCCAAUUUCUCUGGAUUGAUCCCCGAGCUUGUACCUACCAUUGGUGAGACUUUUGCCUCGCCAAUGCAGUUUGGAUAUCGCACGAAGCUCACGCCCCAUUUUGCAAACGGCGGCGCGAACAAAAAGUCAGACGAAGAGCCGAUCGUUCCUCCCAUUGGUUUCACAUACAAGAACCGUCGUAUGGAAAUGGACAUUGAAGACUGCCCUCUAGGUACGGACAUCGUGCGCCGUGGUCUCACUACCGAGCGCAAGCGUGUCGCUCAGAAUAUUCGCUCCUAUAAGAGAGGUGCUACCCUCCUGAUGCGCGAGUCGACCGCGCGCAUUCCCAAGGAUGCUUCAUCCACUACCGAAUCCGACGCACCUAAUGUUGAAGGUAUUCCCGCCUCUGUGAAUGCGGACACUGGUGAUGUGAUCCGUAUCGAGCGCGAGAACUACAUUGAAGAAAAACGGUGCAUCACCAACAACAAUGCUACUUCUUUUGAGUACAUUGACGACUAUGUCUUCAGCAACAAAGCUGGUGCUUUCUUCCAGAAUAAUAACUCCAUCCUCUCCGGAUUUACAGAAUACAUCCGCGAGCGAGCCAUUCCUCCUGGCAACGACCAAGACGCCAAGCCCAUCAAAUACCUCCUCGAUGCUUAUUCCGGCUCUGGUCUAUUCACCAUCACCCUUUCCCCGCUGUUUAAGUCCAGUCUUGGUGUCGAUAUUGGAGGCGAUUCCAUUGUCUCUGCACGUGAGAAUGCUCGCGCAAACAAGCUCCCCAACACGGGCUUCGCUGCUGCCGAUGCCGCCACUCUCUUCAAAGACGUCCCUUACCCAUCUGAUCAGACUCUGCUGGUCAUCGACCCGCCUCGCAAGGGUUGCUCUGAUGACUUCCUGCGACAGAUGCUUGAAUUCAAGCCCCGUCGUGUUGUCUAUGUGAGCUGCAAUGUCCACACCCAGGCACGUGAUGUCGCCGUUAUGGUUCAGGGUGACGAGAAACAGAAUGUUCGCUACGAGAUUGAAAGCAUUCGUGGCUUUGACUUCUUCCCCCAGACUGGUCAUGUGGAAGGUGUGGCUAUCCUCAACCGCACUUCUUUCCCUCAGACUCAGGCUGCCUAA